GGUAUUUCCUGUAAAGGUCGGUUCAUAAGGAAAGGUGUACAUUCAGUGGGUCAUUGUCAGGUGGAGUUGUGAGGACACGAAUGCCCAUCUCACUUUUAUUGAACUGGCAAAAGGGAGGUUGUUGUCUGAAACAACCCGAUCUGGCUACUAGCUAGUUCGCUUGACUCCAGCCAAAUGGGCACAUUGGAUUCUUGGUGGUAUCAACGACCCACCAACGACCAACAGACACAAUUUCAUGCAUUGGAAGAUUGACAAUCCAUAGAAAGGCAAAAAGAGAAAAAGCGAGAACAGAACAAUGGCAGCCGACCAAGCACGAGACACGGCCGUAGGCAACGGCAAUGCUCGCAUCCCCCGUCGGAAUCGGAAGUCGAGCACAGGGGGCAACAGCAGUAGUCACGGCAGUCGGAGCAAGAGUCGAAGCGAGAGAAAAGAGCAUCGAGAUCGCAGUGCCAGCAAGAGUAGAUCUAAUCGAGGCAGAAGAAGUCCCAAGAGUUUGGAUGCUCUGCUAGGAGAGCCUUCUACAAUAAGUACUGAUGAUAAGGAUAAGGGACGAUCCAAGAGCCGUAGUCAACGCCUGAGUAGUAGAAGUGGACAUGUCCGGAGCCACAGCGUGGAUAGUCAUGACAGACAAGACAAGCCCAAUGCGAUGGAUGUUUCUACCUUGCCUGUUCCUCAACAGCCUGAAGCUGAAGUCAUCAAAGACUCCAGGGAACGACGAAGAGAAAAGCGACGAAGCUCCGAUCACAACAAAGACAGCAAAGACAAAUCCUCUACGAGUAGUAGAAAGAGAGACAGUCGCACAGACACCACGAACAAAGAGCAAAGAUCCAGUGGCGGAAACCGAAAGAGCCGCAGCAAACGCAAUCUCAUGGACUUACUCAACCCUACCACCACCACUACUAGUAGUACUACUGCAGAAGCCAAGGAACGCACGGGACGAGAACGUACCAAUAAUAAGACGGGCAAACACGUCCGUAGCAACUCGUGCGACAGUCGAAGACAGCCCGACGUUCUUCCAGCGGUGCCAACCAACAAUAAGGACCUCAUGUUCAAGUUUCAAGCCUACGGAAGCAACCACGAAAAGGGGGAUGUAACCAUGGAACAAUUCCACGCUUCGGAAACCAGCAGCAAGGGGAGUAGUAGCAACAGUGGGAGCAAGCGAGCGGGGAGAAGCAACAAGUCUUCUCUGGAUGACGUAUUCAACGGCAAAAGCAACACCAGCCAUACACGACGACAAGGCAGAACCAUGGCUCCCACCAAAAGUCGCUUUCGGAGCAAUAGUUGCGAGAGCCGACUCUCCACGGACAACCUCGAACUAUCACCACCACCCCCACAACAAACACAACUGCAACAACUGCAACUACCACAAGAUUCUCCCAUGCCCUUGAAACGGUCACACAGUGGGCCCACCAACUACACACUCAAGAAGAACCUCCAACAACGUCCCACCACCACCCCGUCCUUUGACAACGAUAGCGAUUCCGAGGACGAACCCAGCUUUCAUGACGAUGGCGAAGAGGACCAAUGGUGGGCCGAAAGCCCCCAUCCGGACCAUCACCCGAAGCGAGACCAUUCUUUGGACCCUCAAGCCAAGCGAACGCAGCAAACGAAACAACGCGAGGAGGAACUCUGUUAUCACGACAGUGCUCGUAGUUCACUUCCCGAUGAUACCCCCUUGCCGUCUCUGCUCGAUGAUUUGCUCGUACGCAACAACUCCAAUCAUGCCGCCACGAGAGGACGCAGUCGCGAUAUCAAAACAUUCCAAGUACGAAGCAACAGUGUCGAUAGUCGUCGGGAUCACGACAUUGACGACAACGCAAAAAAAGCAAAAGAACCAAAAGCAGAAGAGUUUUUCAAGCUCAAGCCCAGCACCCGAGAUCAGACCGGCACAAAAGCCCGAAAGAGUCGCAUUGCUCGUAGCAAGAGCUUUGAUCCGGAAUAUCCAGAUCAGAAGCCAUUGCUAGAGCCACGUACUAAUAGUAUUCGAGACCGUCGAACCAGCCGCAACAACCGAAGAUCGUCACUGGACAACCAAGAUGGCAACAGUGAAGAGAUUCCCAGUGGAAGUCUUCGUGGUGGUACUAUUCGAGACCGAAGAACCAGUCGGAAUACCAGGAGAUCAUCAAUGGACAACCAAGCUGACAACGGCGAAGAAAUUCCCAAUGGCAGUCUUCGUGGGAACACGAAUCGGAGGUCCACAAUUGCGGGACGACGAUCUACCACUUUGCGGGGUAGUACGCAUGCGCGUAGAAGCACCGGGGUCGACGCCAAAGUCAGUACUCGCACUUCGAUUCGACACAGUCGAAGCUUUGAUCCACGCAAGAGUCUCGAAGAAGGACUCCACAGCAAUAAAGACAAGACAAAGCCAGCCGAAAAGGUGGACAAUGGCGACGAGGUCAAGAAUCCAAGAGACGGGGACGAAGAACCUCCCAAUAAGCCCAGCAGCUGCAGAAACGAGGCUGCCAGCAGGAUGAAACGCAGCGGAAGCAAGAGAAACAUGUCCCGACGACAAACUCUUGCCUUGAUCGACAAGCAGGCACAGAUUCAGCAAGACGGCGAAAAGAAGAAGGAAUCUCAGGCUCAAAAGGUUGCCGAGAUAUCCAAAGCAUUCAAGGUAUCCAACCAAGCAUGUACCCAGCUAGCGAAGACAACGGCCAAGGACAAAUUGAGUUUUCUACCCAACAGCAUGCAUCUCGUAUCAAACACGACGGCGGCGACGGAGGAUGUUGUCUCAAGCAAAAGCAGUCAUGGUGGUGACAUUGCCAAGAAGGGAAUCGAAUCAUUGGUGCAGUUGCAAGAAUUGCCGACCAUGGGGGGUGCCCUUCGCCUCAGCAAGACAUCCCACGCCGUUCGUCGAUCUCGGAGCAGUGUGUCGUCGCAGUCUACGGCAACCACAGCUUCCAUUUCCAUGGCAUCGUAUCACUCGGGCAACAAUAAUAUGAGCUAUUCGACCAUGGGCAGCAACACGACCUUCUCCACUCUGGGCAGUACCAGCACGGCCGGGAGUAGUUUUGCCAACAGCAGCAUCAGUACCAUGGAUAAGGGCAGCGACCAUGGCAGCAGCAGUAUCAACGGUGAUGCUCGCAAGCGCUUGAUGGCCAAAGCACAGAGAAUGAAGGCUUUGAGUGAUUCGUUCCGCAGGAGUUCGAGUAGCCACAAGUCCAACCAAGACGACUUCAAGUCGCUGCUGGGUUAGAAGAGCAGUUGCAAAAUGCAGAGAAGAGCAUAGCGACGCUUUGGUAGUCAUUGUAUUCAUAAUGCUAGAAGGAUGUUUAUAGCU